UAAUCUUGCUCAGGGAGACUGGAUUAAUGGCGUCAAAGUUGCCCCAGUUACAAGAAAAGGCAUGUCAGGUUUCACAGUUUCUGGUUAAAAAUGGGAGUUCAUAUAUCAAGAAUUUGAUGGAGCAGAAUAAGCACCAUGUCCAGGAUCCACCAAGCAUUGAGAAGUGCCAAUUACUCGCCAAGCAGUUGUUCUACACUCGCCUUGCCAGUAUCCCUCAUCGUCGGGAGGCAUUCUGGAGGGAACUUGAUGGGGUGAAGCAGUUAAUCAAGAAUAGGCAGGUGGAGUUGAAUCUAGAGAAUGCUGGCCUUGCCGCAUUAUUUGGAGUUGAGUGCUUUGGCUGGUUUUGUGGCGGUGAGAUAAUUGGAAGAGGCUUCACAUUUACAGGUUACUAUGUUUGAUUGCAAUUCCUUCAGGAUUUCAUAAUUUGAACACUGCUAGUUCAAUAAUAAUAAUACUCUCCAGGUUUUGUCCCUUUUGUUAAAUCUAAU